AUCAUUUCCCAGAAUGCACUUGCUCACUUAUUACCCAUCAUUCCCUGCGGCAAGCUCUUCGCACCAGUCAAGAUGGCGGACAGACCAGUUCCCGUAAUUGAGAAGCGGCUGAUGGAGGUGAAACUGGGUGAGAUGGGAACCUGGCUGGGAGGUCGAGACUUCACGCCCAACGGCCUCAUCGCAGCCGUCCGCAGGGGACACGACAGAUACUACAACAAGUACAUUAAUGUGAAGAAGGGAGGCAUCGGUGGUAUAGCCAUGCUGCUGGUGGGAUAUGUGACUAUGAGCUACCUGUGGGAAUACGACCACAUCAAACAUGAUCGCUGGAGGAAGUACCACUGAGCUCCAUCAGCCUUCAGGGGUUGAGCUUUAACCUCUUCGUUCCCCCUGCUCUUUCUACUCUCAGCUCUGUGUUGAAUAUGUGACUGUUUUGACCAAUAAACAAUACUAAGAUUCA